CUGGAGGGAGACCCACAGGUUUUAAAGAGACCCCCCCAGACAGAGCAGGACUACCUUCACGCCUAUGACACCUGUGCAAAAUACUUGGACAGACUGCUUCCUGCUGAUGCUGUCCACUUCCUGGAUGACAUAACAUUCUCUCCACUAGCAGUCAAUCAGCUCAGUGUGAGUGUGCGGGUGGAGGUGAUGAAGAGGGGGAUGAAGGCUCUGCGGCAGCUCAGAGAGAAGAGUAGAAAAAGGGGUGGAGACGACGUGGAGUCAGACAGAAGCGACACCUCCAGCUUUGACCACGCCCUCUCCCACCUGCAGCAGUCCUUGGCUCACCUGGACACGCUAGGCCACUCCUUCAUCUUGUCACUCAAAGAUAGCAACCAGAGCUACAGUCGUACCUAUGAUCUCUCUCGUUCUGAACGGUCCAAAGUCCAGGCCCUGGCUGUCACCAUGGCGACAGACGGACAGCCACUGGAGCUAAUCGGAGACCUGCUGGGCAUCGCUGUGGGCAACCUGGACCUGUCAAUCAAAACCGUUCUGCAGGUGGCUGUGGAGAAUGUAGUCUCUGCCCUCAGCGGAGACAAGGAGAUGGUGAAUGAUUACCCAGAACCCCUUAUGGUGUUGGAGGGGAUGGUCACUGCAGUGCACAACCACGUCCAGAGCGGUGACUCUGUGGUCAGUUCUGAUGACCUGUUGGCGUGGUUACGACCGUUCUGCAGCGAUGGCUCUCGUGCGGUGCGACCACGUAUCGAGGUUCUGCAGAUUCUGGAGAAUAACUUCAGUCUGAGGGACAGUGACGUUCAUCUGCUGCUACUCUACAGGACCCAAGCUGUACUGAAGGACUUGCAGGUGGAGAUGGAUGACAUAGAAAAUGAGGAGAAGAGGUAUCGUCUCUUCCUCCAGCUGCUAGGCGACAGCAGGAAGUGGGAGGAGUUUCAGCAGCUGAUGCUCCUCCUCCAGGCGUGGCCACCUAUGAUGAAAGAGGAAGUUGCUCAGUGUGAGCGUAACCCCUGGGUGGUGUUGACCUCUACCUUAAUAGAAUGCUGCAGAGGUCACGGGUCAGAGGUCAGACUGGACCUGGGUCAGGAGAUCAUGAACAUGGUCCGCUCCCUCUACCCCUCCAAACACAAACUACCUGCACAGUGUAUCAGACACAUGUCCUCUCUGCUCCUGGAUCAACCAGGCCUACGGCUCCCAGCUCUUAAACUGAUGACCGAGAGUCAAGACCCACAGCUGUUAGAGCUGGUCCUGGAUCAGAUCAACAACACCACCGAGGUGUGUGACUCUACCUGCGACCCAGAGCUCCUGUCUCUCCUGCUGGAUGCUGGUCUCCUGGUGGGGUGUGUACCGUCCCCCCUCUACCCUCCUCUCAGCGCCCACCUGCUCUCCAGACACCGGGAGGGAGGUUGGGACGUGGAGAAGGCUGCGUCAGAGCUGCUCCAGGCUGGGUACCGAGCUCAGGCCGGCUCCCUGCUUCUGGUCUACCGUGGAACUCACCCGGGCCUCAGCACGUUUACUACAGCGCUCACUGUCAUUAAGAAGUGGCUCUGAGGUACUGGAGAGGACACCGGACAGACGCUCUUAUUGACUCUAGAUGGUUUAGCCGCUGUCAUUGUGUUUCAUAAUGUUAUCUCUAUUCAUUACUAGAAACAAAUUGGCUCUGAAAACCUCAUACACUGAGUGGCUGGGUGUUGUCGCACGCACACCAGCUCUGUCUCACUAGCACUGUAAUUGGCUAAUAGGAUGUUGUUGUUUCAUGUCAUUAAGUGGAAGACUCGUUCUGCUGUUUUUACGAUUGGCUGUCCAGUGUUCUGAUACACGUGCUUUGACCUGAAAUAUAACACAAAUAAAGAGUUAAAAUCCAUAUUAAUCCAAUUAAAUACUAA